AUGCAGAUAUUAAAAAUACCAUGGUUUGGACAUAAGACGGAAAACAAAACUGUGGAGUGUUAUGCAGUGACAAUUAAUAAGGACGGAACCAGACUAGCGUCAGGAGGGUUAGAUGGGAAUGUAAAGAUAUGGGAUUUAACUACAAUUAAUGUGUUUUAUAAAAUGGCCGAUCAACCCCACAAGUCCAAAAAAGAUUCUACUUCCACCAAACUAGAGGAAUCAUUACCAGAUAAAUCUUUACGACGUCCACUUUGUUCCAUGUCUAGACAUAACGGUGUGGUGACCUCCUUGAAGUUUUCACCGGACGGUAGGUGGCUUGCCCUGGGUUCAGAUGACAAGAUCUGUUUAAUUUGGGAAAAAGAUAAUACACAAAUAGCCAAACUGUUUGGUACUGACGAACAUGAUCUAGAACAUUGGACCGUACGAAAAAGAUUGGUUGCGCAUGACAAUGAUAUACAAGACAUUUGUUGGUCGCCAGACGGCAACUUGCUUGUUACUGUUGGAUUGGAUAGAUCAGUUAUUAUUUGGAAUGCCUUGACUUUUGAGAAAAUCAAAAGAUACGACAUACAUCAAUCCAUGGUCAAGGGGAUAGUUUUCGACCCAGCAAACAAAUUUUUUGCCACUGCUUCUGACGAUCGAACGGUGAGAAUCUUCCGCUAUUACAAAAAACUAAACGAAUACAAUAAUUAUGAGUUUCAAAUGGAGCAUGUUGUUGUUGAUCCUUUUAAGAAGUCGCCCUUGACUUCGUAUUUCAGGAGAAUGAGUUGGUCACCGGAUGGCCAGCAUAUAGCCGUUCCUAAUGCAACCAAUGGACCUGUUCCUUCGGUGGCUAUAAUAAAUCGUGGUAAUUGGGGUAGUGAUAUAUCGCUAAUUGGUCAUGAAGCUCCGGUGGAGGUUUGUUCGUUUUCCCCCACUUUGUUCCAGAUUGCUGAUACCCCAGCUAACGAAGAGAUCAAAUUUCAAACCGUAGUGGCAACUGGUGGUCAAGACCGGACGCUAGCAAUUUGGUCAACGUGCAAUUCACGGCCAAUAGUAGUAUGCCUGGAUAUUGUUGACAGUUCAAUCACCGAUAUUUGUUGGUCACCAGAUGGUGAAACCCUCUACUUUAGUUGCUUGGAUGGCUCUAUUACAGGUGUCAAGUUUGGUGCUAGAGAAUUGGGUCAACCUGUUAAGGAAGAUUUGAUUGAUCAGCAGUUGAAUAGGUACGGUGCUGAUAGAGAAAGUACAAUUCUACCUGAAAGUGUAGAACAAUUACAAUUGGAAGAACAAUCAAAAGACUCAAGAGCCAUCUCGAUUCGGAGAAUGAUGCCGAUACAAGAGGCAAAGCCAGAACAGACUCCGCCAAUUUCCACUCCAGCAAGCGCAGCUAUUGAUAUAGAAAGGCUUCGGAAACAAACCGUGACCAUGACAAAGUCGGGAAAAAAGCGUGUUGCUCCAUUACUAGUUUCUACAUCUGCUGCACCCAAAAAUGUGCUACAGAAACCACUAGAAAAGAAACGUAGAACAAAAUCCAGUUCGAAAAUAUCACAAGCUGCUUAUUUGUUGCCAAAAAUGGGAGUUCAAACUACUGUCCAUGGGAUUAAAAAGAAAGCUGAAUCAAUGUCAAAUGACACUGAAGUUGAGGAAAAUAAUGAUAAUGAUGAUAUCGGUGAGAAUGUGAUGGCAAACACAAACCUGGUUUCAGAUGCAGCAUUGAAAAGACAGAGAAACCGCCGUAAGAGAAAGUUGAUGGAAUUGAAGUAUCCAAGCUCGUUCAAGUAUAUAAGCAAUUUGCCAGAAGGACUAUUCAACAAUCAUACUUUACAGAACAUUGAGAUAAAUAAAAUUUAUAAAGCCCAUAGCAAACACAAGGAUAUACUGGCUGAAAUAUCGUCCAGCACCGCUGUCGAAAUUGACGAAGAUUUGGUUUUUUCGGUUGUUUUUAGGGUUUUCGAUCAUAUGAGAAAGGAAAACGAAGUAUUGGGACAAACUUCAGGAAGAAUACGAACCACUAUAGAAGUACGAAACGGGAAACCAUGGGAUGACGAUAUCAGUGACAGAGAUUUCGAUGAUGCUACAAAAGUCAUUGUGACUGAAGAAGGAAACGACAAACGCGAGUAUUGUUUGUUCUUCCCUUUUAGAGUACAGCAUGUUCUUCCAAUCAUUUUAAACGAUGUUUUGAAAUAUUAUGUGUUGUGCUCGUUCCAUGGAAGUGUACAAAUAAUUUCGGCCGAUACAGGUAGCUACAGGUGCCCGACAUUUGAGUUGGGAGAAAGUGUUGUUACUAUGAGACAUAGUCAAGGUUAUAUGUUAGUUUUAACGAGCUCAGGUUUAUUUUACAGUUGGGAUUUAAAGGCAAUGAAAGUGACUAUGACUGGGAUAUCUAUUGCUGCGAUACUCAAUAAUUAUGAGAUUGGUGGCAAAAUUGUGGUAAGUCCAAUUGUUAGGGGAUUAGAAAUUAAUCCCCAAGACGGUUCACCGUUGGUUCUUUUAGAUAUGACAAACGAUAUUUAUGGCUACUCUAUAGAUUUGCAGUGCUGGGUCAAAACUGUAGACUCUUGGUACUAUGGUGUGGGAGCUGACAAGGAUUUGGAUGUUGUUUUAACAGGUUUAGUCAAGAAACUGAAAAUGUCUUAUGAGGAAGAUAAAGUCACAGAAAAGAUUUUUACCUACAAGUUUGAUAGUAGUAAUGAUUUGGAAGAUGCAAUGAGAAAAAGAGGUCAAGAACUACUUGAUUUGAUAUAA